ACAACACACAAAGAGAGAGCUGUUUUUCUAAUGAAAAUCUGGUGAAGGCUUUUAAUGUUUUGGAUAUGAUUUUAACCAAUUGAAAUGGAUUAUUUUUAAAACAGACACCAAUGGGAUUAUAAAAGGAAAUAUAUAUUUAUAACAUCUCAAGAGAAGGAUUUAAGAUAUGGACAUCCUGAGCUCUGCAAAGGCUUGGAAAUGGCAAGUAGUUUUCCAUUUUUUCCUUUGUAGCUUGGGCUGGGCUUCUGGGCAGCUUCGUUAUUCUAUUUUUGAAGAGUCAGAUCCAGGGACCUUUGUGGGUAAUAUUGCUCAGGAUCUAGGCUUGAAUCUUGGUGAUAUUUCUAAACGCAGGUUACAUUUUGGAUCUGAUGGAAGCAGGAGACAUUUUGCUAUUAACAAAGCAAAUGCAGAUCUGAAUGUGAAUGAAAGGAUUGACAGAGAAGGUCUGUGUGGAUCCAGCUUACAUUGUAUAUUAAACAAUCAAGUGAUUGCAGAAAAUCCCUUGGAGCUUUUCAAUUUAGAGAUUGAGAUAUUAGACAUAAAUGACAAUGCACCUUUUUUCUCAAAUGCGAAUCGUGUUUUAAAUAUAACUGAGCUGGUAACAAGCCCUGGUACAAGAUUUCCUUUAGAAAUUGCAAAAGAUUUAGAUGUGGGUAUUAAUGGAAUAAGUCAAUAUAGAUUAAAUCCAAAUCCACAUUUUUCAUUGGCUGUGAAAAAUCGCAAAGAUGGAAUUCUUAUUCCACAAUUAGUGUUAGAAAAAGCUCUUGAUAGAGAAGAAAAUCCUGAACAUAUACUUACACUGACUGCUAUUGAUGGUGGUGAACAGCCAAAAUCUGGAUCCUCUUUGAUAACUGUUAUUGUUUUAGAUAUUAAUGAUAAUGCACCAGUAUUUGAUCAACACAAUUAUAAAGUUAGUUUACUAGAAAACCCAAAUUUAAACCAAGUUAUUAUAGUGCUUAAUGCUACAGAUUUGGAUCAGGGUGUGAAUGGUGAAAUUGAAUACUCUUUUGAUGAUCACACCUCUGAUUCAGCAAUAAAGCUAUUUGAUAUAAACCAACAAACUGGAGCAAUUUACACUAAAGGAGCUGUGGAUUUUGAAGAAUGUAAUUUUUAUGAGUUAUCGGUUAGAGCAAAAGACAAAGGGGUUCCUAAAUUAGAAGGCAGCUGUGUUGUUCAGGUUGAGAUAGAAGAUGCAAAUGACAACCCACCUGAAAUUAUAUUUACCUCCAUGUCAAAUAAUAUUCCUGAAAAUGUAGCUAUAGAAACAGAAGUUGGUUACUUUACUGUAAGAGAUAGAGAUUCUGGUAAAAAUGGAGAAGUAAAAUUACAGGUUGCUCCAAAUUUGCCUUUUAAAGUUAAGCCAUACAAAAAUCACUAUUCACUGGUAACAAGUGAAUCUUUGGAUAGGGAAAAGAUUUCUCAAUAUAAUAUUCAAUUGACAGCAAAUGAUUUGGGAGCUCCACCUUUGCAUACACAACUUCGAGUAAUCAUUAAUGUUUCCGAUGUUAAUGAUAAUCAUCCAGUAUUUUCUCAGUCUCAUUAUAAUGCUUUUAUAAAAGAAAAUAAUGAGCAUGGCAGUUUAUUAUGCUCAGUGUCUGCUUUUGAUUUGGAUGAGGGAGUCAACAAAGAAUUGGUUUACUCCAUAGUUGAUAGUCAGAUUGAUGGAUCUUCAGUGUUCUCAUUUGUUUACAUUAAUCCAAAUUCUGGUAAUAUCUUUGCCCAGCGUGCCUUUGACUAUGAGCAUAUACAGGUUUUUCAGAUAACAGUGAGAGUGGAAGAUUCUGGGUCUACAAAACUGUUUUCCAGUGCUUCUGUCAUAAUAUUUGUUUUGGAUGCAAAUGAUAAUGCACCCACAGUACUAUAUCCACAAUAUUCAAGUGAUGUUAUUUCCCAAGAGAAGAUUCCCAGAUCAGCAUCUGUUGGAUACUUGGUCACAAAAGUAUCUGCUGUGGAUUUGGAUUCAGGUCACAAUGCUUGGUUAUUUUAUCGGCUUGCUGAAGAUGCUGAUUCUUCUUUGUUUGGAAUUUCUGCAUACACAGGAGAAAUCCGAACCCUUAGCAAUCUGGAUGAUGUAGAUAAUAAUGAAAAACAACUUGUCAUUUUGAUAAGUGAUCAUGGGAAGCCAUCUCUAUCAACUACAGUUACUAUAACAUUAAAUAUAGUUGAAAAUAUUUUAAAAGAAAUACCUGAAUCAAAUGAUUUUCUUACAAAUUCCAAACCAACAUCGGAUUUAACAUUAUAUUUAAUUGUUUCUUUAGUAGCCAUCAGCUUAGUUUCUUUGGUGACAUUUAUAAUUCUGCUUGCAAAAUGUUUAAAAAGAGAAAAUAGCAAUGGAAUCUGCUGCUCUCUGGGCAGACCACAUUCUGAACACCAAGCAGAACAGUACAAACCAACGCUUUAUUUAAACACAGAUGGGACAUUAAAGUAUAUGGAAGUAAGAAUGGUUCCACCAGAGCCACAAGGACAAUGUUAUCAAACUUGCUUCCCCCCAGCAACAGAAACACACGAUUUUGCCUUGAUGAAACCUCUAAAUUUUCCCCAGCUUCAGGAUCUGGUAAACGUGACUGAGAAUUCUUCUGGUACAAAUAAGCCAAAUGAGGACCAGGAAAGUGAGAUAAAGGAUAUGGACAUCCUGAGCUCUGCAAAGGAUUGGAAAUGGCAAGUAAUUUUCCCUUUUUUUCUUUGUAGCUUGGGCUGGGCUUCUGGGCAACUUCACUAUUCUAUUUUUGAAGAGUCAGAUACAGGGACAGUUGUGGGUAAUCUCGCUAGGGAUCUGGAAUUAAAUCUAGCAGAUAUCUCUAAACGCAGGUUACAUUUAGGAUCUGAUGGAAGCAGGAGACAUUUUGCUAUUAACAAGGCAAAUGCAGAUCUGACUGUGAAUGAGAGGAUUGACAGAGAAAGCCUGUGUGGAUCCAUCUUACAGUGCGUACUGUAUACUCAAGUGAUUGCAGAAAAUCCUUUGGAGCUUUUUAAUGUAGAAAUUGGAAUAUUGGACAUAAAUGAUAAUGCACCAUUUUUCUCAAAUGCUAAUGACAUUUUAAAUAUUACUGAGUUGUUAGCAAGCCCUGGUGCAAGAUUUCCUUUAGAAAUUGCAAAGGACUUGGAUGUGGGUAUUAAUGGAAUAAGACAAUAUAGAUUAAACUCCAAUCCAUACUUUUCACUGUCUGUAAAAAAUCGUAAGGAUGGGACUCUUAUUCCCCAAUUAGUAUUAGAAAAAGCUCUUGAUAGAGAAGAAAAACCUGAACAUAUACUUACCCUGACUGCUAUUGAUGGUGGGGAGCAGCCCAAAUCUGGGUCCUCCCUGAUAACUGUUAUAGUUUUAGAUAUUAAUGACAAUCCACCAGUGUUUGAUCAACCAAAUUAUAAAACCAGUUUACUAGAGAACCCAAAUGUAAACCAAGUCAUAAUAGAACUUAAUGCUACAGAUUUAGAUGAGGGUCUAAAUGGGGAAAUUGAAUAUUCUUUUGAUGGUCAUACAUCUGAUUCAGCAUUAAAGGUAUUUGAUAUAAACCCACAAACUGGUGCAAUUUAUACUAAAGGAGUUGUGGAUUUUGAAGAAUGUAAUUUUUAUGAGUUAUCAGUUAGAGCAAAAGACAAAGGGGUUCCAAAAUUAGAAGGCAGCUGUCUAGUUCAGGUUGAAGUAGAAGAUGCAAAUGACAACCCCCCUAAAAUUAUAUUUACUUCCAUGUCAAAUAAUAUUCCUGAAAAUGCAGCUAUAGAAACUGCAGUUGGGUACUUUACUGUAAGAGACAGAGAUUCUGGUAAAAAUGGAGAAGUAAAAAUAGAGGUUUCUCCAAAUUUGCCAUUUAAAGUUAUUCCAUACAAAAAUCACUAUUCACUGGUAACAAGUGAAUCACUGGAUCGAGAAAAGAUUUCUCUAUAUAAUAUUCAACUAACAGCAAAUGAUUUGGGAUCUCCACCUUUACAUAUACAAUAUAGUGUGAUCAUUAAUGUUUCAGACAUCAAUGAUAAUCCUCCAAUAUUUUCUCAGGCUCAUUAUAAUGCUUUUAUAAAAGAAAACAAUGAGCUUGGCAGUUUAUUGUGCUCAGUGUCUGCUUUUGAUUUAGAUGAGGGAAUUAACACAGAAUUGGUUUACUCUAUAGUUGAUAGUCAGAUUGAUGGAUCUUCCAUUUUCUCUUUAGUUUACAUUAAUCCAAACUCUGGUAAUAUCUUUGCCCAGCGUGCUUUUGACUAUGAGCAUAUACAGGUUUUUCAGAUAACAGUGAGAGUGGAAGAUUCUGGGUCUCCGAAACUAUUUUCCAAUGCUUCUGUCAUAAUAUUUGUUUUGGAUGCAAAUGAUAAUGCACCCACAGUACUAUAUCCACAGUAUUCAAGUGACGAUAUUUCCCAAGAGAAGAUUCCAAGAUCAGCAUCUGUUGGCUACUUGGUCACAAAAAUAUCUGCUGUGGAUUUGGAUUCAGGUCACAAUGCUUGGUUAAUUUAUCGUCUUGCUGAAGAUGCUGAUUCUUCUUUGUUUGGAGUAUCUGCAUACACAGGAGAAAUCCGAACCCUUAGAAGUCUGGAUGAUAUAGAUAAUAAUGAACAGCAACUUGUAAUUUUGAUUAGUGACCACGGUAAACCAUCACUGUCAACUACAGUCACAAUAAUAGUAAAUAUAUUAGAAAAUAUUUUAAAAGAAAUUCCCAAAUCUCAUGAUUUUCUUACAAAUUCCAAACCCACAUCAGACUUAACAUUGUAUUUAAUUGUUUCGUUAGUAGCCAUUAGCUUAGUUUCAUUGGUGACUUUUAUAAUUCUGCUUGCAAAAUGUUUAAAAAGAGAACAUGAUUGUAACAGUGGCAUCUGCUGCUCUCUGGGCAGACCACAUUCUAAUCAUCAAGCAGAACAGUACAAGCCAACACUUUAUUUAAACACAGAUGGGACAUUAAAGUAUAUGGAAGUAAGGAUGGUUCCACCAGAGCCACAAGGACAGUGUUAUCAAACUUGCUUCCCCCCAGCAACAGAAAUACCUGAUUUUGCCUUCAUGAAACCUCUAAAUUUUCCUCAACUGCAAAAUCUGGCCAAUGAGAGUGAUAGCUCUUCUGGUGCUAGUUUGACAAAUGGACCAAAUGAGAAGAGGGCAGUCUUGUCCUCCAAUCAGUAUUUUGGUUAUACCAGUAGAUCUCUCAUGUCGUCACUCAGUACUCCUCCUUCUUCAAUGAUUCACCCUCCCACCUUGCCACAAUACACAAAGAGAAAGCUGCUCUUCUGA